CGUCCCUCGCUCGCGCUCGCGCCUAUAAUAUUCGUCGUUCGGGUAGGGGGUCGUUCCGUCCACGCUUCACGCGGGCUGUUCCUUAUUGUUGGCCGGAAAUGGCGGGGGAGCACCAGGGCGCGGGCGCCGGCUUCUGGCUGCCGGACGAGUUCCUCGACGACGACUUCUUCUCCGACGAGAAGGCGGCGGCGGCGGCGGCUGCUGCGGCGGGCGCGGCCAGGAGCGACAGCGACGACGAGGACGCGGGGCUCGGCGGUCUCUCGCGCCGCGUGGCCGGCCUCGACUGCGACGCCGGCGACCGCGCCGUUCCCAAGGCGGAGGUGAUGUCCGGGUCUCCGCAGUCCACGCUCUGCGUGCUGCAGGCUUCAGGGGAGGACAGCCCCACCGGCGGCGCCUCGCAGGUCAGCUCGCCGCCGUCCUCGCCGCUGGAGCAGCAGCCGGCCGACCCAUGGGACCUGCUGCACGAGGCGGCCGGGCAGGUGGCCCGCCUGCGCGUCGACAGCAUCCCCGUGCCUGUGGUUAACCCUGCUCCCAUCCAUGGCGCCGCCGUCGCGCCGCCGGCGAGGAACCCCUCUCCGCCGCCGCUGCUUCCGUCCCCGAAGCCCGUCGGCCCUUACCAGUACCCGCCCAACAACUCGUUCGCCCAGCGCCAGGCUCAAGUCGCUCGUUUUCAUCUCCUGAAGCAGCAGCAGCUGAUGAAGCACCAGAGGGAGCAGCAGCUGGCCAUGGCUGCGGCCAUGGCGUGGGGCUCCGCCGACGUCGGGCCGCUCGGCCUGAACCCCUCGGCCUGGCCGCCGCUGCAGAAUCCCCCGCACCACGCUCCUCCGUCCGCGGCCGGCAUGCGCGCCGUGUUCCUCACCCCGCCCGGAGCGAAGCGGGAGUGCACCGGCACCGGCGUGUUCAUCCCCCGGCAGGCCGGCGCGCCCGCCGAGCCCAGGAAGAAACCAAGCUGCUCGACGGUUCUUCUCCCGGCGCGCGUCGUGCAGGCUCUCAAUCUCAACGUCGAGGACCUCGGCGCCCGCCCGUGCUACCCCGGGACCUUCGUUCUUGAUCACGACGCGCUGGUGAGCCGGAGCAACGCGAUGCAGGCGAGCCAGAAGCGCGAGCACAAUGCCAAUGCCAAUGCCGAUGCCGCCGCCGCGCACUCGCCGCCGCUCGCCGUGGCCUGCGAGGUCAAUCUCCCGCAGGAGUGGACGUACUGAGAUGCGUGUUGCCGCUCUCAAGCGUCGUUGGUCUCCCCCCGUUUUCAUGGAUUACUAUCUAAUACUAUUACUUAUUUCUGUUAUCAUCGAUGGUUAGCGCUAGGUAGAUGUUAGCUAGAGGUAGGACGCGGUGGCAGUAGCAUCAGCGUUAGGUGUUCUUUUGUGCGUGGUGAUAUAUUGGUUAUUUUGGAGGAUGGUUGGUGAUGGACGGACGGACGCAGACGACCAACAGAGAGAAGAACGAUGAAAAAUCCGUGGCUUCCGUAGGUUGUUGUUGGGGGAAACAAUAAGCGGUUCCUACAAGAAAGAAAGAAGAAAUCUGGGAGGUAUGGUGCUGCCUGCUGGUAGUUGUAAGGUGGACGAUGAUUGGGAAAAUAUCAUCGGCUGUUUGGAAAGGUGUCAUCGCUGUAAGAUAUAAGGAAGAAAGAAAUAAGAGCUCCAUGUUUCCAUUA